AUGUGUCAAGGGGCUUCACAGAUCCCUGGUGAAAUAUGUGUAGGGCUGCGCCAGGCACUUCGCACACUGCCUGCAGAUCCUCACACUCGAUACCCCUCAGAGACGGCCAAGAUUGUGGCCAGAGUGUUGACUGAUGGGCCGGGUCUUACCACUGGCCCUGCUCCCUCAUGCACCCACCUGCCACCCAACAGGUGGCCUCGCCACCCCUGGACCACUGUGGCCUCGCCAGCCCUGGACCAUUGUGGCCCUCGCCAGCCCUGGACCACUGUGGCCUCGCCACCCCUGGACCACUGUGGCCUCGCCACCCCUGGACCACUGUGGCCUCGCCACCCCUGGACCACUGUGGCCUCGCCACCCCUGGACCACUGUGGCCUCGCCAGCCCUGGACCACUGUGGCCUCGCCACCCCUGGACCACUGUGGCCUCACCACCCCUGGACCACUGUGGCCUCGCCACCCCUGGACCACUGUGGCCUCGCCACCCCUGGACCACUGUGGCCUCGCCACCCCUGGACCACUGUGGCCUCGCCACCCCUGGACCACUGUGGCCUCACCACCCCUGGACCACUGUGGCCUCGCCACCCCUGGACCACUGUGGCCUCGCCAGCCCUGGACCACUGUGGCCUCGCCACCCCUGGACCACUGUGGCCUCACCACCCCUGGACCACUGUGGCCUCGCCACCCCUGGACCACUGUGGCCUCGCCACCCCUGGACCACUGUGGCCUCGCCACCCCUGGACCACUGUGGCCUCGCCACCCCUGGACCACUGUGGCCUCGCCACCCCUGGACCACUGUGGCCUCGCCAGCCCUGGACCACUGUGGCCUCGCCACCCCUGGACCACUGUGGCCUCACCACCCCUGGACCACUGUGGCCUCGCCACCCCUGGACCACUGUGGCCUCGCCACCCCUGGACCACUGUGGCCUCGCCACCCCUGGACCACUGUGGCCUCGCCACCCCUGGACCACUGUGGCCUCGCCACCCCUGGACCACUGUGGCCUCGCCAGCCCUGGACCACUGUGGCCUCGCCAGCCCUGGACAACUGUGGCCUCGCCACCCCUGGACCACUGUGGCCUCGCCACCCCUGGACCACUGUGGCCUCGCCACCCCUGGACCACUGUGGCCUCGCCACCCCUGGACCACUGUGGCCUCGCCAGCCCUGGACCACUGUGGCCUCGCCAGCCCUGGACAACUGUGGCCUCGCCACCCCUGGACCACUGUGGCCUCGCCACCCCUGGACCACUGUGGCCCUCGCCACCCCUGGACCACUGUGGCCCCCUCCCCACGAAAAAGUUGCAAUAGUGAGGUCGUGA